AUGGCGACGCACCGCUUCGACCCCAACUUCACAGACAAUGUCAUCAACGCGAUGGGCCCGAAGACCACGCCGCGCCUGCGCCAGCUGAUGACAGGGUUAAUUAGACACGUGCACGACUUUGCGCGCGAGAACGAGCUCACGGUGGACGAGUGGAUGGCCGGCGUGAAGAUGCUCAACUGGGCCGGGCAGAUGAGCGAUGAUAAGCGGAAUGAGGGACAACUGGUGUGUGAUGUUAUUGGGUUGGAGAGUCUCGUCGACGAAAUUACAUUUACCCUCGCCGACGAAGCCAAAGAUGCGCCCACGGCAACCGCCAUCCUCGGCCCGUUCUUCCGCGCCGACACACCCUGGCGGGAGAACGGCGAGGAUAUCGUGAAGACGAAGCCAGCUAAUGGCGAGAUGGCGUACAUGCAUGGACAGGUCUUCGAUUUCACGAGCAAGAAGCCGCUCGUUGGAGCGACGGUAGAGGUGUGGCAGGCUUCGACGAAUGGAUUGUAUGAGCAGCAAGACCCCAAGCAGGAGGAGUUUAAUCUGCGUGGCAAGUUUCGCACGGAUGAGCAGGGGAGAUAUGGGUUUUAUUGUUUGAGGCCGACACCGUAUCCUGUUCCUGAUGAUGGACCCGCGGGCAAGCUUCUCGAGCUAAUGGACCGCCAUCCCUUCCGACCAGCUCACAUUCACAUUCUUGUAUGCUUCUUCCUUCCCUCUCUCCCUCCACCCUUUGUCCUCUUUCUCGUAUCGUGGACUGCAUGCUCACACGGAAAUGCCCAGGCUACCCACCCCGGCUACCGCCCUCUCACAACUCAAAUCUUCGACCGCAAGGACAAAUACCUUGACAACGACUCUGUCUUCGCGGUCAAGGAUUCCCUGGUCGUGGACUUUGUGCCGCGUACGGGUGACCCACAAGCUACACUGGAGCUGGAGUAUGAUGUUAAGCUUGUGGCGAGUGAUAGUUCAUAA